GAUCAGUGUGUGUGUGUGUGUGUGUGUGUGAGAGAGAGUUUUAGUGUGUGUGUGUUUCUGCAGCAGUAUGGAGGAGUGUGUUUACCCCAGUCUGCAUCUGGACUGUCUGAUCAGUAUCUUCUCUUUCCUCAGUGAAGAUGAUCUGGUCACUGUCUCCUAUGUGUGUAAGGAAUGGUAUGAAGCUGCAGAAACUCCAUGGUUAUGGAGAGAACUGUGCCUGCACCGCUGGGGUUUCUGUAACCUGGGCCAGCUGCUCUGCGACAGUGAGCAGCACACCUGGAAGAGGUAUUUCCUGCGGCGCUCCAAACUGGAGCAGAACAUGAAGUCCGGAAGGACAGGUGGAGACUACACCUGUAAGAGCCUGAGAGGUCAUAAAGGCAGGCUUGUUGGUUUCUCCUACCUGGUGGAAAACAGCAGCGUCCAGGACAGCUGGAACUGCUCACCAGUGGUCUGCAGCGCCUCCAGUGAUGGAACAGUCAAAGCAUGGGACAUUCACAAGGCUGUUAAUCUGUGGACCACCACUGGUCAGAACCCCCUGACGGCCAUGUUCACCGAUCCUCAGCGGUGCCUUGUAGGAGCUUCUGAUAACACUGGAACCAUUAAACUGUGGAACGGGGAGACUGGAGAGGAGAUAGCCUCUUACUCCGGCGGCUCGUCUCAGUGCACUCUAAUGCCCUUUAACAAGGACGAAAACGCAUUUCUCAUGGUGGGAACUGUUCUGGGAUCAUUGAUCACACUCAGCUCUCCACAGCUCACUGAAGUCUCCAGGCAUAUGGUGUGCGACUCAUUUAAAUUAAAUGUUCUCGUCUCUUCGCCUGAUGCGAAAUGGAUAAUCGCUGCUACAAAGGAAAGCUCUGAUUUAAGCCUUGUGGUGUUGUGGAGUGAGAGUGUGUGUUCUCCGGUUGCGGGUGAGAAAGUGGUCAGUAUGAAUCUGCCGGUCUGCGGCUGCAGCGCUGCGGUGUUCCUCCCCUCUCAGCGCUCCAGACUGGCUGUAAUCCACACCGACGGUCUUCACGACCAGAGAACGGUCACUGUCUUCGACUUAAGCCUGAAGAAAUCCCUGUACAAGGAGGAGCCUCAAGCUCAGCAGGUCGAGUCGUUUAAGCUGGAGUUAAAUCAGUGGCAUUCGGACCUCAUCCUGAAGGCGAAGGGGAGCAACACCCUCCUGCUCACUGACGGCAACGAUCUGAAGGUCUACACCCUGAAAGGAGCUCUUAUUGCUACUUUUAAGGACCACACCCAGCCAAUCAUCUCUUUCUGUGUGGAUAACUUCCGGGUGGUCACUGCAUCACGUGACCUGUCUCUAAGAGUGCUGACGUGGAGAAAUGACCGAGAGGCUGGUCUGACCCUGGAGAGCCAGUACCACCUACUGGGAGGCUCCCACAGUAUGUCCAGAGGAUUCAGCCAGGUGGAGUGUGAUUACGCCAGUAUAGUCGCCUCAGUGGAGGCCGUGGACGGGAAGGAUGUGCUGAAGGCUUAUAUUUUUAAUUCUUGAUAAAAGUUUGAAUUUCAAGAGAAAUAACAUAAUAACUCUAUAUACUGUUUGUUUAUGGAUGAAUGAAUAUCAUUCCAGAGUUGAAAACUGUGGUUUACCUUUAUUUUAUAUAUAUUUAAUAUGACUGUGCUUCAUUUAUAUUCAAAGAAACUCUCAUUAUUAAAUGCUGCAAGAAAUAAAAACACUUUUAUUACAGCAGUUUACAUUAAAACAGUUCUACUGAAGUGUUUAAACCAGUGAUACAUCUUAAGGCUGUUAAAGGUACAGAUGCCUGAGGUAUUUUCUUGUUUGCUGUGUUUGCCUUAAACCAUAUGACUUAAUCCUGUAAAUAACUGCUGAUAUUUCCAACAAUAAAAUAUAUAAUAGAAAAUA